AUGCGCGCCGGUGAGGCCGUUCUCGAGUGUGUCUUCGAGGUCGAUGUCAACGGUAUCCUGAAGGUCACCGCCACCGAGAAGACCUCCGGCCGCAGCGCCAACAUCACCAUCUCCAACUCUGUCGGUAAGCUCAGCUCCGCUGAGAUCGACAAGAUGGUUGAGGAUGCCGCCAAGUUCAAGUCCUCCGACGAGGCCUUCACCAAGAAGUUCGAGUCCCGCCAGCAGCUCGAGUCCUACAUCUCCCGUGUCGAGGAGAUCGUCUCGGACCCCACUCUCUCGCUCAAGCUCAAGCGCAACCAGAAGGAGAAGAUCGAGUCUGCUCUCAGCGACGCCAUGGCCCAGCUCGAGAUCGAGGACUCCUCUGCCGACGACCUCAAGAAGAAGGAGUUGGCCCUCAAGCGUGUCGUUACCAAGGCCAUGUCCACCAGGUAA